AUGAGUGCCAACGAUUACUAUAAUGCAGGAAAGCCUCAGGAGCAAGGUGGAUACUACCCCCCUCCCCAAGGAGGACCACCAGGCGGAGGUUAUUACCCCCAGCAACCCCAGCAAUCCUACCAGGGUGGUUACAACGGUCCUCCCCAGGGGUACCCUCAGCAGGGCUAUCCCCAGCAAGGGUAUCAGCCUCAGCCUGGUCCCCAAACCAUUUAUGUGUAUGUUAUUGUGACUUUGAACACUUUUGAAGUAGCUGACUUGCGUAUAGUCAGCAACAACCUGAGAAGAGCUCGGGAUCAGGAGGAUGCAUGGCCUGCUUAG